AUGACUUCAGGUGCAGGAAAGGCUUUUGUCGCAGGGGGCACAGCGGUCGCCGCCACGCUAGGCGGAUUUUACUACAGCCUCCAGAACGCCAAACGAAAGGAAGAGGAGAUGGGGAAGAAUCCUCGUUACGAGCAAGUCAUGGCCCACAUGAAGCGCAAGCCAGUCCCGGGCGAGGAGCUUCCCGUGCUCAGCAGCCCGAAGCACAAGUAUAGCGAUAACCCUCCCGCUUUCCGCGGCGAUGUGCACAACAGCGGCCAUGCGACGCUGCAGAACUACAAGAACACGCCGCAGUACCUUGAACAUGGGGAAGCGGUCCGCUACAUGGUCCCGCCGCCGCAGAAAGGGAGGUCUGACGGUUCCGGCAAGCCCUAUACCAAGUCGCCUGACUACGCGAAGAAUUACGAGAAGACUGUUAAGUCGUCGAGUAAGGAAAGUGCGCCGUAG